UCACUCGCUUCUGAUCUCUCCAACUCCCAACUCUCACUUCUGUUAGUUCAAAACGCUUCCCGGUCCCUCUCCAAGACGAACCUGAUGCUGUCUUAUCGCUUGCAAUACCCUGUGGGGUUCGCCAAUCCUCAGACAUACUCGAAGACAGAGAUGAACUCGAAGUCCCAUUCCAUGUCGAUCGUACAGCGCAAGGCAUUUUCCUCAUUAAUAGGAAGAGCAGCAUUCGAGGUAGAGGCGAUAAAGGAAGAGGAGGAGAAGAUAAAACCGAGUCUUACAAGUCGAGCCAGGCCGAGGAUAGUGGUGGUGGAUCCAAAGUGUGGAAAAGGGCCCAUUUUGGAAGCUGUUGAUCGUCUGGAGAAGCUGGUAGUGAAGCUAAUGUACGACACCUCCCGUCCUCAGCAUUAUCUGUCCGGAAACUUUGCUCCGGUAGAGGUAGAGACACCUCCUACCACUGAUCUCCCUGUCAGAGGACAUCUCCCGGAGUGCCUAAAUGGACAAUUCAUGCGGGUAGGUCCAAACCCCAAAUUUGCCCCUGUGGCCGGGUACAAUUGGUUCGAUGGAGAUGGAAUGAUUCAUGCCCUGCGCAUAAAAAAUGGAAAAGCAACAUAUGCCUCCCGCUAUGUGGAGACAUCGCGGCUUAAGCAGGAGGAGCACUUUGGCUGUGCUAAAUUCUUGAAGGUGGGAGACCUCAAGGGGGUGUUUGGCUUAAUCAUGAUCUUCCUGCAAAUUCUGAGACUCGGAUCAUCCGAUAUUUCAUAUGGAUUAGGAACAAGUAAUACAGCUCUCAUAUAUCACCAAAGAAAACUUCUAUCGCUUCACGAAAUGGAUAAACCUUAUGUGGUUAAGAUUUUGGAAAAUGGAGACUUGCAAACUCUUGGAUUGCUAGACUAUGAUGACAAGAGACUCGGGCAUUCUUUUACUGCACAUCCGAAAAUCGAUCCCUUCACGGGGGAGAUGUUUACUUUUGGCUAUUCAUUGGGGGCGCCAUAUGUCAUGUACCGAGUUAUUUCAAGAGACGGGUUUAUGCACAACCCAGUUCCAAUCACAAUACCAGAGCCCAUCAUGAUGCACGACUUUGCCAUCACUGAGAACUAUGCCAUAUUCAUGGAUCUCCCAUUGUAUCUCGGACCUGCUAUGAUAUUGAAAGGAAAGAAUGUUCCUUACAUAUUUGAUGGGACAAAAAAUGCACGCUUCGGUGUGCUACCAAGAUAUGCUGAGAACGAGCUGCAAAUCAGAUGGUUCGAGUUGCCAAGUUGCUUCAUAUUUCACAAUGCUAACGCUUGGGAGGAAGGAGAUGAAGUUGUUCUGAUCACUUGCCGUAUUCCUGAUCUAGAUCUGGAAAUGCUUGAAGAUAUUAGAAAACCAAAUGCUGAAAAUUGGAUAACUGAACUAUAUGAGAUGAGAUUCAACAUGAAAACGGGACUAGCUUCACAAAAGAAGUUAUCAUCUGGGCCUGUUAUACAAUAUCCCCGGAUAAAUGAGAGCUACACUAGCAGGAAACAGAGAUAUGUGUAUGGAACAAUUAUUAACAGCCUUGCCAAGGUAACUGGGAUUGUGAAAUUUGAUCUACAUGCUGAGCCAGAGUUAGGAAAAGACAAGAUCGAAGUUGGAGGAAAUGUUCAAGGUAUCUUUGAUUUAGGAGCUGGUAUGUUCGGCUCAGAAGCCACUUUUGUCCCAAGUGAUUCUGGCAUUUCUUCAUCUGAAGAAGAUGAUGGGUACUUGAUAUUCUUCGCACAUGAUGAAAAUUCUGGAAAAUCACUGGCCAUCAUAAUUGAUGCAAGAACAAUGUCAGCUGAUCCUAUCGCCGUGGUCAAAUUGCCUAAUCGGGUUCCAUAUGGGUUUCACUCGCUCUUUGUGACCGAGGAACAAAUUCGGGAGCAGGUGAUAUGAUUGACCUUGGAAACGGUUGACAAGCAAAACCACUCUUAGCAAACCAAGCAGAUGUUCGUGUAUUCAGAAAUUUUGGUUGUCAUGGCUCAUGGCUAGGCAAAAGUGAAUUUCUACGAUUUUAGGAUUCAGCUUUAAGCUUAUGGUGGACUGAAGCCUGACUUAAUAUUUGGCAUUUAGAGCUUUAGAGAUGGCAGUAUAGGAACUAGUAGCUGUUUGUAUCUCAAUCAGUAUGAUAUGAAGUGUGACAGUAAUAGAAUUGAAGUGUGCUUACUACUAACUACAUGGAUUCUAAAAUCUGUAAAAUCAUGUCGACAUGUGUUCUAUUCUGGCAGAAUUACAUGCCAUAGCACCGGUGUGU